UCUCUUUUGCUUUGAGGGAGUGGUAUGAACGAAAGCAAACACAAACUAAUCCGAACUCACUCUUUUCUCCUGUUUGUUUCCCUGUUGGGCUCACUGUUUCUCUUGUACUAUCAUUACCAUUACGCAGAAUAAUUACAUCAGCUGCAGCCACUUCCAGGCAUCGAUCUGUAACUCGAAUCAAUCCUCUGGAGGCACAAGGGGAUGAAAUGGUGAUCUAUGGUGGAGUGUGAGGGGAAAAACCUGACUUUCAGGCACCAUAGGAGUUCCAGUCUAUAGAAUGGUCGGACAGUUCCUGGUAUAGCUGCAUCUAUUCCUGCAAGCGCAGCUUUCUAAGUGCUCUAAUGAGAUAGUGGACAAGAAAAAAAGGUCCAUGGGAUGCUGCAUGUGACAAACGGGAAUAUGAAGAUGUGCGGCGUAUGUGUAACGAGUUUAUAAUUAAAGACACGGCGAUGUAAGGCCUCAAGGGACGACUGCUUCCGUCCGAGAGCCUCAAUAAAUUGGCGAGAAUCGACGGCGAAUGUUUUGAGGCGUUGAAGACGCGCGCGCUCAUUGUCCUCAGGAGCUUUGACUGGAGUUUUCUCAAGUCUCGGAGACGUAAGGAAGUCUGACCAUUCCAACUUCCCACGCUUGAGCACUUUUAAGGACGAUUCGCUUUAAAGGAUAGCGCGCUCUCUCUCUUUCGUGGCGCGUUCUGCGAGCCUCGCGUGGGUUAAAUAGACAACGGACGUUCAGUCGCCUCAGGUUGUGUCGACUGAGGGAAAGAAACGCGGCGUCCUCAGACUGCGUGAUCCAGGACUUGGGCAGUGCGGGACUUGCGCGCACUCUGGUCGCGGGAGCGAUGCGCGCGCUGCGGGCUCCGGUUCUAGUAAUGGGGCUCGUCAUGAUUAUCUGCACUACUGCACAAAGCGACGCCAGCGUGAACAAGGUCGAGAAAACGUUCAGACGGAUAAUGGACAUCAUGAGACUGGCGGAAAACAGCGUUGACGACGCGAGCGCGCAAAAGAAAGAGAGCGCGCCUAAGGACACUCAUCGUCUCAAAACGGAAACCGGGGAAACUAUUUUAAAAAUCUUUCCCAGAGACCUCCGAAACAAAGAGAAGGUUAUCAAAAUCUUAACAGGUCCUCUUUAUUUCAGUCCAAAAUGCAGGAAGUACGUCUACAGGCUUUAUCAUAACACCAGAGACUGCACCAUCCCUGCAUACUACAGAAGGUGUGCAAGACUCUUGGUGCGACUGGCAGAGAGUCCGAGAUGUCAAGAGGGUUAACUGUACCAGGUUGAAGCCAAACCAGAAUGACCCAAGUAAAAAAAAAAAACAGCAGUCAAAGUGCCUUUGGACAAGAGAAGAGAAUUUAAACCAACACGCAACAUUCCAGAUAAUCAGCACAACGCGUCCAGAACACUGCUCUGCCUCUCUGGAGAAUAGAUGUGGGAAAGUAUUGACAGAGCAGUAAACGGACACGGAAUAAUGGGAUGCACUUGCCCAAGGAUGGUCUGAUGGACUCAACAUAGAGCCAAUGUUAAAACACAGGACGACAGAGAAACAAAACAGAAAACGCUUUUGGCGUAGUGCGUUCUGAAUCUGUCUGCCAAAAAAAAAAUCAUUUCAUUAUGAAAAAGGGAUUGCCAUGUUUUGAUAUCAGAUUAUCGAGACCCGUCAGUCAGUGCUGAUGUUUUGUUCGACAUGCCUUGAUGGGGUUACAAUUCAGAGCCGUGAUGACAAAUCGAGUUAGUUCGCUGAAACGAGAGAGCUUUGCUUUUCUCUGUGCUCGAACUGAAAAUCAGUUAAUUGCAUGAAAGUUUCCUUUUGCUUUUGUUUGCCAGCAGACAGGUAGAUUUUUGCAGUAUAUCUGUGACCAAAAGCUUUUUGUUUUCGUGUGAGACUAUGAGUGUGCGACCGUGGAAUAUAUUCAGUAUAUUUUGAUAUGUAAAUGUUGUACAAAUGAGACUUUAAAAUCCCUAUAACAAACAUAAGCGUCUGACGUAU